CCCACGAUCCUCCUUAUCCACGGCGCUUGUCAUGAUCCAAGCAUUUGGUCACUCAUUAUCCCAAAACUCGAACCACUUUCAUAUCAUUAUGCCACGGUACAGCUUCCAACCAGCAAUCCCAAAUCACUGAGUCUCACGCCCUACGAUGACGUCACGGCAAUUCACAAGAUUAUGAUCCCCCUGCUUGAAGAAGGAAAAGAGGUGGUGGUAGUCGCCCAUUCUUACGGUGCAUGUCCUGGACUUGCCAGUAUCGAAGGUAAUAGCAUCGCAGAAAGGAAAGAUAAAGGAAUGGAAGGAGGAGUGCGAAGUGUCAUGUUCAUA